AACUCGAAUACCAAGCAAUGCCUCAUAACAAACAAGGAUGCGUCAGAGGCCUCGAUUGAGCCAUGCUACCUCCUGAACCAGCGCCUAUGGAGAAACGGCGAGUUUCUUACACGUCUCGAAUGGUGGUGGGGGAUGAAAUAUGAUUCACUCGAGCUGGACACGGAGGCAAAUAAACUAUACCUUGACAGCGAAUGGCUGAGGUCAUUUGAUAGCGACCGCUGGCUGUUGCUUCCACCUCCUGAAAUGGUGAACAAUAUAUGGGACCAUUGUAGGAAAUUUUUCAAGGCUCCAUCAGACUUUGUUAUGCCCCCCAUCGAGACGGUUUAUGAAGGCGCUGAAAUAUUUGAAUACCGGCUGCUGCCAUUGGACCCCCGCCUCCGUUCCUUCGAUCGGUUCAACGGGCCUAAAUCAAGCAUUCCAAUCACAACACCCACUUCAGCAACAGAGCAGCGAACCUCCAUACACCAUUCAUUUCCGUACGAGACAUUACCGACUCUUGUUAGUCGCGCAAAACCUCACUUUGUCAUAUGCGACUCGGCUCCAAAACUAUUUCACCACAUAAUCUCAGGGCCGUCGCGACUUUCAUCCGAUGUUCAGUCGCUGUGGCCAAUAUCUGAACCCGAAGCAUCGUGCAUGCUUCGCAAUGUACACUACGUGUAUUGCGCUUGGCUUGAACGGCGUCCACCUCCACACUUUGCGUCAUCACCCCGCACUGUCCUUCGGGUGCCUUCUACAUGUCGAAAACUACCCAAGACACGUCACCUGCCCCCUCCAACGUGUACCGGUCCAUGCUCCAAUAGCCGAUUUGCAUGGAUUCCUUCAUUAUGUUCUUGGUGUAGGGGCGAUUUUCGCCCUCGCGACACUCCUGGCUCUGAUAGCGACGAAAGCAUCAGCCCAUCCGAGGCUGCAUCUGAGUAUAGAGCAUACCAUAGAAACUUGACUCAGCAUUUGGGAACGUGGCAAGCCUGUUGCUCACAGCAGAUGAAGAAACGAGGAAGGUGGACGUCUCGUGUGGAUAAUGACGAGCAGUUGCGAAGCUAUGCCGAAGAGCGACCACGAAAAAUUGCGCGGACGGUGUAG